CUGAUGUUUCUGGCUGCUGCAGCCUCUGCUUCUGUCCUGUUUAGCCUUGUAGCUACAGAUGAAAUCACUCGAAAACUCUGUCGAUUCAUCAAACGUUCUGCGCUUCUUCCUGUCUCUCUGCCUCCAGUUUUCCCGCUUUUCUGACGGCCUUCUGACCGACCAGCGGGUCUGGGCACCCUCCUGCCGGCUACCCUAGAGAAGCGUACAUCGUUUCAAAUCUCGAAGUAACGUCAUCGUUUCCCAGUUUUCAUAUGCGCUUCUUUUCCCGCAAUCCCCUCUCUCUGGGUUAUCAACUUGAACGGCUGCAGACCAGUAAACGAGCCACGUGUCAGUUUUUCUUUUGCAGCGCUCGCCUUCAGCAUCAUCACGGCGGCGAAGCACAGUCCACGGAAGGCGGGAUUUUGUCCCGCGUCGGUCAGCUUCGAUUUUCCUUUCGGUACAGGUACUCCCUGUUUUUCGUUCACAAUUGCGUCCGCUUUUUUCUCUAUCGUACUCACUCUUCUUGCGGAAACAUCAGUCUGUGAAGUCCUGCGUGGACGUCGAGGAAAACUCGCGUGUGUGAGUUCCUCUGUGAGCCGAUUGCGGUGUACAUACAGCUUCGGAGCUGUGGCCGCCGCAGUGUCCCUUGUCUUUACAGAAGAAUUGCACCGAUUGUCUUCGGCUUUUUUCUGCUAACCGUUCAAACAUUCGUCUUUCUGGCCACUUUUCCUCGUUUGCACCGUCCAGCGGUUUUCGAAUGUCUUUCUACUUCCGUUUUCUUGUGAAACAAGUAGUGCGUGCCGUGUUGGCUGUCAUCCGCACCCAGCAGCGCGAGAGGACGCACGGCAAGUCGCUGUUGCCGACUUUCACAUCGUGACGCCUCCCCUUCGCGCCCUUUUGGGUUGUCUUCUCGCUUUUUUUCUCUUUCCUCACUCUCUCUUCCGAACAGUCCGCGCCUUAACUGACCCACAUCUUCCAAGCCGUCGCUUCCCCGAUUCCCGCACCCAGGCGAGGACCCGCAGGCCCCGCUCCGCCGCCAGCUUGAGCCUUUCCUCGCGUCUUCACCAUGGGGGCCAACUUCACCGAGUUCGGAGACUUGGUGUUGCUGAUCGGCGACUUCCACAUUCCCCAGCGCGCGGUGGACUUGCCGCCGUGCUUCCGAGAGCUGCUGAACACGGACAAGAUCCGGCAUGUCCUGUGCACUGGCAACGUAGGCUGUGCGUCCGUGGUCGACUCGCUGCGCUCCAUUUCGUCUUCACUGCACAUCGUGAAGGGCGACGCCGACGCCGGCUUCGACUUCCCUGAAUAUAAGGUCCUCCAGUUCGGCCAGUUCAAAGUCGGCCUCAUUCACGGCCACCAAAUCGUCCCAUACGGCGACGGCGGCUCCCUCCUGCACUGGCAGCGUAAACUCGACUGCGACAUUCUGGUGUACGGCCAUCUGCACAAAGACUCUGUCGUCGAACUCGAGGGAAAGUUCUUCGUCAAUCCAGGCAGCGCGACCGGUGCCUACCAGCCCUGGCUCACAGAAAAAGUUCCUUCCUUCAUGCUCAUGGCCGUGCAGGGGUCCAGUGUCGUCCUCUACGUUUACGAGGAGAAGAACGGAAAAGCCGAGGUCGUCAUGAGCGAAUUCAAGAAGGACAUCUCCGACGCGGACGCUGCCAGCUCCGCCGAGAAAUAAGUGACAACAUCGGGGCGAAAGUCCGUGGAACAAAAGUUCUUUUUCCUUUGCUCCUGCGGCCCGAUCCAGCGACCUGCGGCAGGCUCCGUACACUCGAGAGAUGGGUCGGUCUGCAGGCAGAGCGAGAGAUCUACGAACUCCUCCAGUUUCCCCUGUGUACGAGGUCUGACGUCGCAUCGCCAGAGAGAGAGAGAGAGAGACGCUUGAAGUUUCUCUCUCCGUUGUGGCGAAGCGGUCUGCAAGGAGCGUCGCGUUUCAUAAGUAACUCCGCGGGAGAACGCUCGUGCGCUUCCUCGUCCUCCCGUAACAGGGUCGCGUUUUCAGGGGCGAACAUGAUACCGUGGCUGGCCACUCCACGCGUUUGUUUCUGCUUUCUGUUUGUGACAGGCUGUUGCUCGUUUGGCCGCGCCUGCAUCCUUAUUGCUGCAUUUUCGUCUCCACCUUUGCUUUCUCAUUUUCGUUUCCUGCGUCGUGUUUCGCUGCGUUCCUUCUCGAAAUUUCGUGGUCUCCACGCCUUUUUCUGAACUGUGACCAAGGCAGAGCCGAGGAGCCUUCCAAGCUGACUGUUGCGUUCUUCCUUCCUUUCGCACCUUCUAUUCCUGUCUCGUGUUCCUCCCUUUUCUGUCUCUGCCUCCUUCCGGUUUCUAGUUGUGACGGGUCCUCUGUUUAGGCAGACUCAGACGAGGGAAACCAACGGGAACCCACACAGAAACGAAACAGC